GUCAUGACGUGUUUUGGCGCGUGGCAGAGAAUUUUCAAACUUUGCGGCGCGAGGGCAGAAAAAAAAAAGCAAAUUAGCAUUUUAGCUUUAAAAUAAACCCGCUAAAUUAAUCGGUUAUUAAGUCGUCGUUAAUAACGUAUUAUGAGUGGCUAAUAAUGAUACGUGUUUAUCAGAAUGAGAGGUUUGUCAGGAGUUCGUUGCUGACAAAUAGCUGUGAGAAAUCUAUGGCGCUGAGGUAACUAGCUAGUUGCGGUGGCUAACAGUAACUACUUCUACCAUAUUCUCCCGGUGUCGUGAUCCAUGGCUGUGGGUGAGGAAACUAAAACCGUGAGCACCCCGCUGCCUCUUCCUGUCCACUUCUCCCAUGCCGAGCAAUCCUUCUCCCUGAAGAAGCGCCGUCUCCCAUUCUCCUCGUCCGCUCACUCAUCAUCAUCGGUCUCUCCAUCUCACUUGCUCCCUCCUCGGCCUCCAUCCAAAAGCUGUCCCCCCCUGAGCCGAGUCUUCCCUCAGCGCCGGUCCCGCUGGGUGCCGCUGUCUUGGGCUCUGAUCCAAAGCCCGCUGCCGGUUUCUGUCUAUGACCCAGGCAAGCCGCAGUCCUUCUUCAGCCAGUGCUUCAUCAAUCUUGGCCUCAUCGGGCAUGGUUCGUUUGGGCAGGUUUACAAGGUCCGUAGUAUCAUAGACGGGCGGGAGUAUGCAGUGAAGCGCUCAGCUCAGCGUUUCCGUGGUGAUACAGAGCGAGCACGCUGUGUUCGGGAAGCUCUGAAUCAUGAGCGCCUCCAUCCUCAUCCUCAUGUGCUGGGCUUCUGUGCUGCCUGGGAGGAGGCAGAGAGGCUGUACAUCCAGACCGAGCUGUGCUGCACGAGUCUACUGUUGCAUGCUGAGACACAGCCCAUGAUGGCAGGUGAGCAGUGUGCAUGGGAUUACCUGUGUGACCUGCUGUUAGCGCUGAGUCACCUACACUCUCAAGGGUUCGCCCACCUGGACCUUAAACCGGCCAACGUGUUCCUCACUCGUUCUGGCCGACUCAAAUUAGGGGACUUUGGGUUGCUGCUGGAGCUGGAAUGGGACGUGGAGAAGGAGCGAGUGAUGGCGCAAGGGAACAAGGAGAAAGAUGAUGCACAGGAAGGAGAUCCACGCUACAUGGCUCCUGAACUGCUCAGGGGAGAAUACGGAGCUGCAGCAGAUGUCUUCAGCCUGGGCGUGUCCAUCCUGGAGCUGGCGUGUAGUGUAGAGAUUCCUAAAGGAGGAGAGGGGUGGCAGCAGCUCAGAAAGGGCUAUUUACCCUCAGAAUUCACAAAUGCCCUGUCACCAGAGCUGCAGCAUGUCCUCAGGCUGAUGUUAGCUCCAGAGCCUAGAGACAGAGCAACAGUUGAACAGCUCCUGUCUCUGCCUUCCGUCCGCAAACGCAGCUGGAGACGCAAACUUGCGCUCCGUCUCCGAGAGAGCUGGCUGUCUGUCCUCACCCUCGUCCAGUCUGUCUUCUCUGCACUCUUCAGUCUGCUCUCGUCCCUAAAUCAUCCCCGGAGUUCUCUCUGUGACCCCCCUGCACCCCGUACGCCCCCUCGGGAUCCCUGGGAAGUAGACUGUGACUUCAGCGUCCUGCAGAACAGCAGUGCUCUCUCUGACUCAGCCAGUGAUGACCUGGUGUUUCUGUCAGGACCCCUGGGGCUUGAACGCUCACCUUCAUUCAUACACCGACGUCAGGCUGGAUUCUCAAUAGGAAGCACCUCUACGCCACUCCCGACCUGCAGUCCCACACACACUCCCCUGCAAACCUCCUUACACACUCCUGCACACGCCUCCUUACACACACACACUCCCCGUCUUAGUCCGAUCUGCCGGAGUCCAAUGAAACCCUCUGAACGCAGCUUCGAGCCCAAAAACCUGCUCACGCUCUUUGACGAAGCUUCUCUAGAGAGCGAGCCAUAGCAAGACAAUGCUUUGUAUUUAGUUACUGUAAACAUUCAGAAAAAUGUUGUAAAGAUUUCAUAUAUUUUCAUUUUUUGCAUUUUCAACUACUUUUUUUUUUAAAUACUUUAAUGAGAUUAAGAUGCUGUAUUACGUAUAUUCAAAUAUUAUGUCAGAAUGGUGCAAUAUAUGUUGCUAUUUUUCUUAACUCUAUAAAUGUGUGACUUUUGUGAUGACUGUGUGAACCCUUGUGUGUAAUUAGGGAAGCUAUUGAUGACUAAAGAUCAAAUUGUGCUCA